AGCGGGGAAGUGGAAGUGAAACGGCGCGGCUUUCGUGCGGCUUUCUUUGCACUGAAUUUUUAAGUAAAAAGACGAAUCUAUUUAUUUAUUGUUCACCUUCAAACUAGAUUGUAGAAAAAGCAUUAACAAUUUUCACCGUACUAAAUUACAGAAAUCUAUGUUUAAGUGCGCAUUGAUUGCGUUAAAGGCUUGACAUAAGAAGACUGGAAAUAAUAAUAUAAGCCUAAAUAUAGGUAAUAUCGUAUUUAUGCCCUUCGAACUUCACCAAACGCUUGUUACUCUUCUUUAUCUUUAGGAUAAUAUAAACUGUUUUAUCUCAUUCAUGGUUUUGUGUGGGUGAACGGUUAAAAUGAGUUCCAUUGAUAUUAACAAAGCCGAUAACGAAGAUGACAACAAAACACUUGACAAAAAGCAAAUAGAAGACGAAGAAAAGGAAAUAAUGUUAAAAACGGAAACUGAAGAAGAAGUGGAACUGAGACGCGAUGGCGGUCCCGUAAAAACAGCAUUGUCGGGAGAUAUAACAGAACAAGGUCGUGAAGUCAAACCUAAGUUUAUUCCUAUCGGGGCUAUUAAAAUGCCUGGCUUUUUCACUAGGAAUUCUGAUAGAGAAAAGUCAAAGGAUGAAGAAGCGAUAGAAAAAGAGACUGAUAAUGAAAAGAACCAGGAGAAAGAUGAUGACAAUCCUAAAAAUCAUUUCAAGUUUUUACAAAGUUGUCCUUUUUCAAACUUCUUAAAUAAAGCUCAAAAUGAUGGUGAUGGUGAUGCAGAAAAGAAGGAAUUUGGAUUAUUCAAUUUCACAUAUUCUAAAAUGUUUAAGAAGCAACAACAAAAAAAUGCAGGAGCAGCCCUAGCCUCUAUGGAGACAUUAGAAGAUAAACUUGACACUCCAAAUGAUGGAAUGGAGAACAUUAAGUUAGAUAUAACUGAACCGGAGGAAGGGAAAGUUGCAACUCGAUUGCCUUUAAAAGAAAGAAUCCGUCAAAAGAAAUUCAUAAUUGACGAUAUAGUAGUGUGCGGCAUAGUUCUGCUGGUGUUAUUGGUGGUGAUCAUUGGUAUAGUGAUUGGCGCCCGAGCUGGGCCUCCAUCUGAACGCCCUUUGAGACUCGGCAAGUUUGUCACUACACAAACUGCAUGUGGCUUAGUUGAAGGGUGAGUUCAUGUAAUUAAUGUAUAUGUUUUAAUAACGAGGCAGCAAAAAUUUUGACGGUGAAGAUUCAAACAGUGAAACAGAUGUAUAAUCCAUCUGUACCAUGUGUGACCCCACAGGAGUAUACAGGACUUCAAUUUCUUUAAUAGAUAUCA